UCUGCCAGUGCGGCUGGAUCCGCGGAAGUACUCGCGCGGGACAUUGAUCUGAUUCCGAGAGACUUGGACGGUUGUCGUUUAUCAGCAACGGUCCCGCCAGGAACGGAGCUCAGUCAACGUGCGGCCGUGAUCGCGGACGGAAGCUAGUACAGCGGUUGUUGUUGUUGUUGUGGGCCGGAAGCGCGAUAGUAAGAUUAAAUCGUGUACCAACGGAAAGUUCUCACCGUUUGCAUAGGGAGAAUUGUGUUAAAUUGGUUGUAAUAUUGGGAAUUGUGCUGGUCAGUUUGCAGUCCUCAGCGAAACGAAGUGAAUUUCGAGCAACCAGCAUACAAUGUAGACUCAUUUCCUCCCAAAAGUUGCGCCGCGUCCGGAGUGUCGUCAGAUGAUUCCCGACUAGUGUUAGCAACAUUUAGCCAAUAGAGGCAUACGAGAUAAACCCACCGCACCGGAAGCCGAAUUUACCGCGAGAAGCUGAUCGUCAACCGUGAGGAAGCAGCAAGGGUUCGAAUACGGCUUUGAGCAAGCAAAAAAUAGAAUUUAUUUUAGCCAAAGAAAGCUCGACUUGGUCUUCAGGCAGCAGGAGGAGGCAGCAGUGUGGCGGCAAGAUGAGCGAACGGUCCUCUGUUAGCAGUGGCAGUUUUAUGCUAAUAGCAUCAAUUGUGAUAUUAUCAGUAAUUACUAGUACCAGAUGUCAAGAUUUCGGAUAUGAUGGCGCAAAAGGUCCAUCUCACUGGGGCGAACAGUACAACAGUUGUACCGGCAAGCAUCAGAGUCCGAUCAACAUCAAUUCACUGGAGGUGAAAAAGGUCAAUCUGCCGCCGCUGGUGAUGAAUGAGUUUGAUACUCCCCCGGCGCAAACCAACCUGACUAAUAAUGGACACACGGUGGCAGUUACGAUGAGUGCCGAUCACACGCCAUCCAUCGCCGGUGGACCUCUGAAGGGAGAGUAUCGGUACUCUCAGCUUCACUUCCACUGGGGUGACAAUGACACGGUUGGCAGCGAAGAUAUGAUUGACAAUCAUAUCUUUCCCAUGGAGCUGCACGUGGUAUUUUUCAAGCAGCAGUACAAGAACGCUAAACAGGCUAUGAAACACUCGGACGGUCUGACGGUGCUUGCGUUCUUCUACGAGAUCUCCCCGGAGGACAAUCCGAACUACGAAGAAUUUGUCCAUCUGCUGGGCAACGUUACUAGUUCGCACAAAACGGCUUUUUUCAUAAAUCCUCCCUCGCUGAGAGAUUUGAUAGCGCGCGAUUUGCUGCAUUACUACACCUACGACGGCUCACUGACGACGCCACCGUGCAGCGAGGUUGUCACGUGGAUCGACUUCAAGGAGCCGAUUUUGCUGUCCCACGCACAGAUUGAGGCAUUUCGGGCGCUAGAGGACGACGAAGGACACCCACUGACCCAUAAUUUCCGUCCGAUUCAACCGCUGGGCGAUCGCGUGGUAAUGUUCAACACGGACGAGAUCGUGAAGGACGUUGAUCUGGGGGGCGAGGGUGAAAUGCCGCCUGACGAAGAGCUGGAGCAGAAGCUAGAUGGCAGUGAAAAACAUGACGAGUCCCAGAAGUCCCCUCGCGGAGGCAGAAAAGGACACCCGGACAGUGGGACCGGGACCAUCGUGGCCAGCUGGACGGUGCUGCUACUGCUGGCGUUGGGAAGCGUUUUAGUUGAUUAAAAAUAAACAAACUCCUCGCUUCUGUAUUGAAUUAACUGUAAAUAGCUCUAGUAGAUAAUUUAGAAGUGAUGCUAAAUGUUGAUAUUUGAUAGUGGUUGAAAUCCUCUGAAUCGAAUUUACUAGGAAGAAAAAACAAAGCCUGAUAAUGGUGCAGUAUUUGAGGACUCUAAUUGGAUUAUAAUUAUCUCCAUAAAUGUUAUAAGUUCGUUCAAAUUAUUGCGUAUGAAAAGCAUUAAAUUGUCAGUCUGAGCACGCUGUUGAACCGGAUACAGUUAAAAAUAUGAGCUAUGAUGGCCAACCAAAUAUAUCGUUAUGAAAAUAACUAUCACAUUGAAAUCCAUAUGAGAUUUUAAUAGGGAA